CUAAAUCUUGUAUUGUGUAGAGUUAUUUCCCAAGACACAAACCCCACCAACCUAUGCAUUGAAUACUCUUCCCUCAUGGUGCUUUAAAUGUAUAACAGUUUUUGCAAUAAAUAUUAUGCACAAAUCUAACCAAACCUUCUCUUCCUUUCCUUCUUCAUUUCAAGACCAUAACUACAUGGUAGUCUUUAAGAAACAAGAGCAUUUCUUUUUAUCUGUGUGUAUAAGAUCAUAAGUUCAAAUCUUAUAUUGAUCAAAUAUAUAAAGUAAUGGAAGAGGAAAGAGUUGAAUCUGUGUAUCAUAGUGGAUAUGGUAACCCUUGUAGGUAUUUACAACAAGUUUUAAACGGCUUUUUGAGGUGUUUGGGGUUAGAAAGAAGCGUCGGUGGUGGUGGUGGUAGCAAAGAAGAAGGUGGUGGGGGAGGUGGUGAUGGUGGAGGAGAGAUGGAUGAUCCACUCACAACACCCAUUUCUGAUGAUUCAUCGACUAUAGAUCCUGUCGAUGAACCUGCUUCUGCAACCAGAUUAGCAGCAGGACGUCCUCCGUCAAGAGGUCCAAUUAGCUCUGGAGGUUCUGGUCAAACCAACUAGUUCAAUCACUCUCGUUCUACAUUCCAGUAAUAUAUGCUGCAAUUAUGGUUUUUUGUUUAUUGAAAAAUAGAAUUUUUAUUGUAUUGUAGUUAUCUUAUCUUAUAUGUACAAAAAAAUGUCCCUAACAAGAAUAAUAUCAGUUUCCAUUAAACGUCAUGUCUUCAUAUAUAGAAUCACCA